AUGCCCCAGGAGCGGCCAGCGCGACCUCCGGUUCCCCCCGUGAACCCCUACACGCCGAAACAAAAUCUGACACGCCAUCCGUCAGAAUCUCCUCCGCCAUCCGCACAACCCUUGCCACCCCGCUCGCCGGCUUCCGCAGCAAGGCACGCGUCUCAAAGCCGGGGUAUCCCGCGCCCCGACCGCCCUGCAGAACCCACGCGCCAGCACUUUGAUCCCUGGAAUUCGUCGUCGACCGGUCACCAGCGCGCAGAAAAUCGGCUGGCGGGAAGCACGUCGUGGCGCGAGUCCCGCAACGCAAAGCUUGCGGCACAGUUCGCCGGCAGCGCAGGCGGUGGCGUGAGGCUUUCGGACACUGUGGGGGCCGGGAGUGAGGGCUUUGGCAAGGAUGGCCGCAAGGCCAACGGAGGCUGGGAAAGGGGCGCGCCGGGCCUGAGGGGCAAGGGGCAGCUGGCCAUAUGGGAGUCCAUGGAGCGCGCGUCGAAGGAGAGGAAGGCGGAGGGAGAGCUUGGAGACGGUCGCCGUGGCCAAUCGGUGCGCGGCCAUGGCGCGGACGAGACAAGCUUUGGCAGUGACGACGGCCGCGCGGGAGAGGCCGUAGAUCGAACAGGGGAGCCUGCAGGGAAGCGCCACGAUAAUCCUGAGGGAAGUUCCGUCGAUGUGGAGAAUGCGGAGGAGGUAGUUCCAACGUCGAAGCAAAUCUUUCGCGGGCUUUGCUUCUACAUCAACGGCUCGACGGCGCCGACGAUUUCGGACCACAAGCUGCGGCAAUUGCUGGCGAUGCACGGCGCGAGCACUUCAAUCGCAUUGGGCCGUCGUACCAUAACACAUGUGAUACUUGGCCGUAGCGGCGCAGGUGGUGCUGGCGGGGGUCUCGCGGGUGGCAAGCUACAGAAGGAGAUAACUCGCGUCGGGGGACAAGGCCUGAAAUACGUCGGCGUGGAAUGGGUGGUUGAGAGCGUCCGAGCGGGCAAACGGCUACCGGAGGCGGGCUUCUCGAACCUGAAGAUUGCGCCAGCGGGGCAGAGAAGUGUCUACGGUAUGUUCAAGCGCGGGGACAGCGCAGGAUCAAAGAAGGCAUGA